UCUUGCAAUAUACAACAAAAUCAUGUCUUUAUUUGCUCUUUUUUCACUUGCAUUAUUCUUUCUAUGUUCUUGUUUUUGUUUUACCCCUUCGAAUGGAGCUUCUGAUCCAAUAUAUGAAUCUUUUCUAAAAUGUCUUCCCACACAAUCACCUCAACCAGACCCGACCAUUUCCACCAUAGUCUACAGUCACAGAUCUAACUCGUCCGCUUACACCACCGUCUUACAAGCUUACAUAAAAAACAGUCGUUUAAACACCACCUCCACACCUAAACCCGCCGUCAUCAUCACCCCGACCAAAGAAUCCCACGUUCAAGCCACCAUCCUAUGUGCGAAGAAACUUAAUAUCCAAAUUAAAAUUCGUAGUGGUGGGCAUGAUUAUGAAGGAAUCUCAUACAUUUCAUCCGAGAAAAACUUCAUCGUACUUGACAUGUUUAAUUUCCAAAAGGUUGAUGUUAACAUAGCCACGGAAACAGUUGUUGUCCAAGCCGGGGCUCAAUUGGGUGAAUUGUAUUACCGAAUUUGGGAAAAGAGCAAUGUGCAUGGCUUCCCCGCUGGAGUAUGUCCAACAGUCGGUGUUGGUGGCCAUCUAAGCGGUGGUGGCUAUGGUACCAUGCUACGAAAAUACGGGUUAUCAGUGGAUCACAUGAUCGAUGCCCGGAUUGUUGAUGUUAAAGGCAAUAUUUUGGAUCGAAAAUCAAUGGGCGAGGAUCUUUUUUGGGCUAUACGUGGGGGUGGGGGUGCUAGUUUUGGUGUUAUAUUAUCUUACACCGUGAAACUUGUCCCUGUGCCAAAGGUUAAUACGGUUUUUCGUAUAAUGAAAACCGCAAAUGAGAAUGCAUUAGAACUUAUUUACAAAUGGCAGUUGGUUAGUUCAACCAUCGACAAUGAUUUGUUUAUCCGGGCUCUUUUACAACCGAUGACCAUAAAUAACACAAAGACAGUCCGUGCUUCAUUUGUAGCACAUUUCUUAGGUGAUGCUGAAAGAUUAGUUGCUCUAAUGACCAAUAAAUUCCCGGAAUUGGGUCUAAACAAAGAAGAUUGUAUAGAAAUAAGUUGGAUUCAAUCCGUGCUUUUCUGGACAAAUCUGGAUUACAACACGACCAUCCCCAAGAUCCUCCUUAACCGCCACUCUGACAAUCCUAGUUUCUUAAAACGAAAGUCAGACUACGUACAAACCCCGAUAUCUAAAUCAGGGUUGAAGUCCAUAUUUGACAAGUUGUCUGAAUUGGGUAAAGUUGGUUUUGUUUUUAAUCCCUAUGGUGGGAGAAUGAAUGAAGUUGCAUCACAUGCAACUCCAUUCCCACACCGAGCUGGAAACUUGUUUAAGAUCCAGUACUCGGUGAACUGGAAUGAUGCCGAUCCAAAACAAGCAACAAAUUACCUAAAUCAAACUAGAGUUUUGUAUAGCUUUAUGACAAACUAUGUGUCAAAGAAUCCAAGAGGUGCAUUCUUGAAUUAUAGAGAUCUUGAUAUCGGUGUCAUGAAGGGAACCGGCAAGAGUGGUUACAACUCCGGAAAGGUUUAUGGGGAGAAGUAUUUCAUGGGUAACUUUGAUAGAUUGGUGAAGGUGAAAACUGUUGUUGAUCCUGAUAAUUUUUUCAGGAAUGAACAAAGUAUUCCAAUUCUUUUUAAAAAGAGUACAGGUAAUUCAAGGAAAAUGACGACACUAGUUUAGAAUCGAUCUAAUAACAUUCUUCAUUUUGUCUGUGCACUAUUAAUUUAUAUUGUUUUGUUUUAAUUAUGUACCAUUGUUUGAAGUAUAUGAAAAUGACGUUUGAGGUUCGCCAUUUGUGGCAUAGUUCGAAGGUGAAUAAAAAAAUUGAAAUGGUAUUUGCAUG